AUGAAAAUAAAGAGCAUUCCUAUUUUAAUAUUUCUUAUAGUAGGAACAUUGGGAGUCUUUCAAGAGGAAAACGAUGUUUUAGUAUUAGAAGAUAGAAACUUUAACGAUGCUCUAAAAGAAUAUCCAAAGCUCUUACUCCCCAUUUCUCUUUGAACGAAUAAUAUAUUGGAAAGUCCGAACUGUGAGAUAUAAGUGAUAAAAAUUAUAAUAAAAGUCUCCAGCUAAUUCGGUUAAAUUUAAAACAAUUUAAAUUAAGUUUCUUUUCAUUUUUGUGAAUUUUUUUAAUUUCGAGAAAAAAUAACCCCCUCCAUGAGCUAACAAAAUUUGCUUGUUCGCUAUGGAAGUAGGGGAGUUAGUUGAAUUUUAUGCCCCUUGGUGCGCUCAUUGUAAAGUACUAGCUCCGCUCUAUGCCAAAGCAGCUGCUACUCUUAAAGCUCAUGACCCUCCUUAUCGAAUAGCCAAGAUAGACGGAACUGCCAAUGUCAAAACGAAUCAUAAAUAUCAUCUAGAGGGAUAUCCUACUCUCAAAUUUUUCGUAAACGGGGAGCCUUCUGACUACAAAGGACCCAGAACUGACGAAGGAAUUGUUUCUUUUGUGCUGAAGAAAAUGGGACCUCCAGCGACACACAUAAAAUCCUUAGAAGAUCUAAAAGACUUUAAUGCUGAGCACAAGCUUUCAAUGAUUUUAUUUACCCACAAAGGCUCAGAAGAAGAAAAACUGUUCGAAAAAGUUGUGGAAAGCUUAGAAGGCAAUUAUUAUGGGAUUAUUUAUGAUAAAUCUGCAUUUGAUUUCUAUAUCGCAAGUGACCCUACUGUAAUUGCAUUUAAGCAUUAUGAUAAUUUGAGGUCUGAUUUUUCAGGACCUUUUACCCAAAAGGAUUUAACUGCAUUUUUAGAGCUAAACCAAGUGCCUUGGAUUUUGCCAUUUGAUGAUAACACAAUUCAACACGUGUUCGGCAAGCAGAGGCCUGCCCUAUUUUUCUUUAGGAAAAAUGAAGAUGCAGGAGUUUACGACCCAAUGCUGGUUUCUUUGUCAUUUAAAACUCAAGGCUCAGUUAUCCUUGUCUAUACAGAUUUAGCUCUAGAAUCCAACAAGCGCUUAGCCGAUUUCUUGGGCGUCCCAGCCUCAGUGAUGCCAAAAGCUCUUUUAUUAGAUUCUAGUAUGAAUAAAUAUAUCCACAAUGGAGCACUUAAUGAGCUAGCCUUAAUUCAAUUCUUAGACAAUUGAAAAGCAGGAUUAUUACACCCAUAUUAUAGAACACAGCCAGCUCCAGAAAAAGAGUAUGAAGAUGGGGUCAGAAUUCUGGUAGGCAGCACUUUUGGGGAUAUCGUUUUUGAUGAGAAAAAAGACGUCGUUGUAGAAUUUUUUGCACCUUGGUGUGGAAAUUGCAAAAAGCUAGCAGGGGAGUAUAGAAAAGUCGCUAAAUAUUUCAAAAAAAAUGAGAAUGUUGUGAUAGCGAAAUUGGAUUCAACUGAAAAUGAGGUCCAUGGGCACCAGAUUUCGAAUUACCCUGUUAUUAAGAUGUUCCCAGCUAAAAAUAAAACUGCUAUUGAGUACACAGGAACAAAGGAUGCAGAUGGAAUAAUUAAGUUCAUUGAAGAAAACACGUCUUUUAAAAGUGAAAAGGUAGAUUUGUAG